AGCACUCAGUAUAGUACUAUACCUUGCAAUUGGCUGCCUCUAUAGUUUCUCUUUUCCCGCCAGUUGCACUAUGUAUUUGCCUGGCUUGACAACAUUCUCUCUUCUUUCUUCCAUCAUGAUCCCGUCCGUUUCUUGUGCACUGGCUGCUACAACGUACACCACUACCAAUUUAGAGCGCAACACUGGCAUAUCGACGCGGGACGUCCUCAAAUCUAGAUACAAUACACCACAUUCCCUAGAAGAUAACGAUAAAAGCUCAUUCGAUCCCCGUGAUGGCUGGCAGGCCGUCAAUGUCUCUAACCUCAGUUACAAAUACAAUUCUAAAAAGAAACAUCCCCGCUCUUUCCGCUCCCACUACGCCCAUGGCAGGCCACCGGCGUCCACUGGCAAUAAAACGGCCCAUGCGAGACCUCACAGCGUAAAUAGUACUCAUAAUACGGGUCCUGCGGGGAACAACACACAGGCAAACAGUAGCUUCAGUGGUACAAUCAAGCAUGUAAUCCAGGACGCAUGGAAAGGAUUAACAGCAAUGGGCAGUCCCGAGUCCGUUGUUAUAACGUGGUACACAGGCAAGGAUCUUGAAAACCCAAGCUGCUGGGACAAAAGUGCAUGGACUCCUACGGAUACAUCUUUUGUGGCAGCUCUCACCUUGGAAGGUUGGACUUCAAAGCCCGCGUGCUUUUCAUUUAUCGAACGUAUGUUUACUGAUUGGGUUUUGUGCCAAAGACUCACGUUGCGUCCUCCCAGUGUGUAA